AUGGGGGCCGUACUAGGCGCACAAAGGAGGCAGCAGCUAGGGGAAGCACACAGCGUGGAGGCUGGAGACACCGUGCACCUGACCUUUGGUUUCCGCUCCGAAUUGACCCAGUUCAGCGACAGGGUGAUUCGAGUGCACGUCGAAGGGGAAGCUGAAGGGGAAGCUUCAGAGGACUGCAAAGACUUUCAGCAAGCCAGAUGCUGGCAUCUGGGUGGAAGAAAGCAUGCAGAUUGCAAAACAAGACCUGCUUCGGGUGCCGUUGAGAAUGAGCAAUUUGUGGAUCUGGAGAUGCAGUCAGGAGAAGGCAGAGCGACGGGAGCCAGCACACUUGCACGGUCGUACGACAUCCCCGUCAACGGCUUGAUCCUAGCUGCACUCUCCCAAUGCUUUAGGACGAUGCUGACGUCAGGCCUGCAUGAGAGCAAGUCGAAGGAGCAACCACUUGAAGUGACGCUCUCGCCUCAAGUUCGCCUACACGCACCGAAUUCCGCCCGAAAUCUGCGCGGACAAGGAGGCGCUCUGCUGGCUGCUCACUUCGCGGACCGCUUCGAGGCGCCGGCGUGCAUUCACAGUUGCGUCAAGACGCUGACGUCAUCUCCGACAACCCUGAACGACGCCGUCGUGUAUCUCAACCUCCCAGAAGCGGUGAAACGGCACGAGGCGCUGCGGGUGUUAAUGGACGCCGUUUCUGCUUUGACCGGCUGGUCCUUCGAGGAGGUCGCCGCUUGCGAGAGUAUUCUCACCAUGAAAGAGUCCAGCAUGAAGCGCCUCGUCAGCCGCCUUCGAGACUCGGAGGGCGACGUGGAAACGUCGUUCAAUCUUAUCUUACAUUGGUUCCGUUUUGGAGGACAGAAGCGUUGGGGCGCGCUUGAAAGGCUGCUUUCUAUCCUCGGCUUCUGGCGGAUGAGCCUCUCCUUUCUUCGAAACGAUGUAGAAAGCUGUCCUGAGCUCCGCACUGAGGAAGGGCGGGCCCUGGUAGAAAAAGUGAAGGCAUUGAAAGAUCCUAGGGUUAUUGAGGCGACGGCCGCGUGCCAAGCCGAGCCCGCGGCUCCUCAAGGCGCGGCGGUUCAGGUCGCGGGUGCGCCCGCGGCCGCACCAGCAGGGCUGGCAGUUGCGUUGAACCACGGCAAAAGGGUCUCGACUUGGGGGGCGUGGUUAGGGCUUCUUGUAGGGUGUGCGUUGCCGUUUGUGUUUCUGCUUUUAGCAAUCUACUGUCAUCAGGAAGCUUAUACCAUAAUCUUUGUGGUCCUGCUUGGCUUCACUACAUGGGGGUGCCUGCCAUACGCGGGUUGGCGCUUAGGAGGUUCGAUAGGAAAAUGGAUUGCAAAGCGUUUGUAA